AUGCAUUUAUAUGCUUAUUUUCUGUUAAAGAUUGGUGUAGCACUUGGAUUAUGGAGAAAAAUUCAUAAACUGCACCAACACAUUGAGAAUAUUCAUAAAACACACGAAAAACAAAAUCAUGUUCAUGAACUACGCUUAUGUCAUACACAAAGAAAUUGGGAGAAUUUUCUGAAACGAGGAAAAAGAAUAGCUGAUUUACAAAAACAAAGAAGUAUUGAAAAGAUCCAACUUGAUAGACGAAAAAUGGAAAGAAUUAAAGCACAGAAUGAAACGAACUAA